AUGAGAGGCAUACAAUCCCGGUAUGACAUCGUCCUUAAAGACUUGGAUGAAGAGGAGAAACCGCACGUCCACUACAGCUGGACAAUAUUAGACGCCGUUCUUCAUCUUUCCCGUCCGUUGCAGCCGACCGAUUUACGAUUCCCUCGGGCAACUGCGACGGAGGAUUUUGAGGAGGCCCGGCUUCUCACCGAAGGCCUUUAUGUGUGGGAGAUGGACUGGCCUUCAGAGAACCGUGGCAGUCAUGCUGUAGUGGGCGUGGCCACAAAAGGAGGCCUGAUGUACCCCAUGAAACGAAAGGCCGACGGCGAAGACUCCCAAUAUCGUUCGUGGGGGUGGGACCUGGUCACCACGAAGUUGUUUGUGGAUGGAGUUGUCCACAACGGAGAGGGUGACAGGUGUUACCCCCUGCAACAAACCGAAGAGCGCUACACAGUGCCAGACAAGUUCCAUGUUGUGCUGGACAUGACGGACGGCACUCUGUCCUUCAUCGUGAACGGGAAAUGGCUGGGGACAGCGCUCAGCGGAAUGGCCGGGCACUGCCUGUACCCGAUUGUCAACUCUAGACAGGGUAACUGUAGAAUCUGGCGCUGGCUCAGGUGGUAA